GGGGGGAAGAGAGAGAGAGAGAGAGAGAGAGAGAGAGACAGCUAGAAGAAGAUAGAAGAGAGGGAAAAAAACAAAGUCUUUAGAGAGAGAAAGUAUGCUGUGUUGAUGAAUGAGGAGGUUUAUUGGAAGGGUUUCUUGUUACCCAUUUUUUUUUUUUGGGUUUUAGGUCCACCAACUGGUAGUUAGAGAUUGAGCUCCUUAACCAAACAGAGACAAUCCCAAAACAAGAGCAGGAGGAAGAGGAGGAGGAGAAGGAGGAGGAGGAGGAACCUUUUAGAGAGAGAGAGAGAGAGAGAGAGAGAGUUUUGAAGGAGGAGAAGAAGAGUCUGCAAGCGUGUGGAAUUCACACGUGGGAAUUGGUGAAAUUAUGGGUGGGGAAGACAAAUGAGCAGGAAAUAGGAGGAAAAGAUAAAAAGAAAAGAAAUUGUGGGGGGAUUUGAUCUGCAGUCCUUUGAAAUUAUCCCCCAUCUCAUCUCCCAUCAUUAGAAGGGAAGCUGCAAAAGUUUUUCUUCUCAUUCUCCCACUCUUCUUCUUGUGCUUGUUCUCCUUCUUUCUAUCUUUGUCUUUGUCGUUAGUUUUUCUUCUGCGUUUGUUGACGUGUGCUGUGAUACUUUGGACGAGAGGAUCAACAUCUUGGGAUCGGCAAGUGUUUUGGUCUCCAGAGAGGAUUGUUCUAUCAAAUUGAUCUCUCUCUCUCUCUCUCUCUCGCGCGCGCGCAAAAGCUCUUUCUGUUCCCCACUAAUCCCACACUUGUUGCUGGUCUCAAGAGUGAGGAUGCGAUUGUUGUCCCACUAACAAAGAGCACGAAUCUUCAGAUUGUGGAAUUAGUAUGGCGACUUACUACACCAAUUCGAAUCAAAGAGAUGCUACACCUGCCCUCUACUUAAGAGAAUCUAUGCAUGGUUCGUUCCCCGAGACACCUGUUCUAUCCGGCAACAUGAUGCUGUAUAUGAAUCCUGGGCCUUAUACAGAUAAUCCACUGGGUGGGAAUUCUCAGCAGCAAAGCAACGGCAUGGAGGUGCCCUCGGUUGGGGGCAUUGAUACGGUGCAGCAGCAGCAGCAGCAGCAAGAAAUCCUUUCCACUUUUGGUGGGUCACGAAGCGGAGAUCACGAUUUCACAUUGUGGAGAGAUGGAAGAAACGAGACGCUGCUAAUGCCACCAUUACAGAACUCACAAGGCCAGGGAUUGUCCCUCAGCCUCGGCACGCAUAUUCCAUCGGGAAUUCAGAUGCCUUCUGCGAAUCUCAGUUCCAUAUCGUUCUUAGGUCCUAUUCGCAUGGUAUCGGGGGAAGGUGGUGGGAGGACAGGUUCUGAGCGGUCAAGAAACACUGAUUGUGCUCCGGCGGGUUUUGCUGGAGGUGAUGAAGAUGUGAAUAAAGGAGGGGACAUUCCCUAUGGAAUGUCAAGCAUCGUGAGAGUCAUUCCCAAUUCUAGGUACUUGAAGGCGGCGCAGCAACUGCUCGAUGAAAUAGUGAAUGUGCGAAAGGCUUUGAAGCGCCCUGAUGACGCGAAUGACCAAUCUAGACACGAGAACCAAAGGAGCCCCAAAGAUGCGGAUGGGGGUUCCAAGAACGAAGAAUCCUCUAAUCCCCAAGAAUCUGCCAGUAACUCUAGUGAGCUUUCCCCAGCUGAAAAACAAGAUUUGCAGAACAAGCUCACAAAGCUCUUGUCCAUGUUGGACGAGGUUGAUAAAAGGUACAAGCAGUACUAUCACCAAAUGCAGAUGGUCGUACAGUCUUUUGAUUCAGUAGCAGGAAGUGGUGCAGCCAAGCCCUACACGGCACUCGCGCUCCAGAGAAUAUCCCGCCACUUCCGGUGCCUGCACGAUGCGAUCACGGGUCAAAUUCAAGCCACCCGAAAAAGUCUUGGAGAGCAAGACACCUCCAACAGCAGCGGAAUAUCGCGAUUACGGUAUGUAGAUCAGCAUCUGAGGCAGCAGAGGGCGAUGCAGCAUCUUGGUAUGAUGCAACAGCAUGCUUGGAGGCCACAAAGGGGUUUGCCUGAAAACUCGGUUUCAAUUCUUCGUGCGUGGCUGUUCGAACAUUUCCUUCACCCAUAUCCGAAAGAUUCAGACAAGAUCACGCUAGCAAGGCAGACGGGAUUGACUAGAAGUCAGGUCUCGAACUGGUUCAUCAAUGCACGAGUGCGCCUAUGGAAGCCUAUGGUUGAAGAAAUGUACAAAGAGGAAAUUGGUGAUCCUGAGAUGGAUUCUAACUCCUCCUCCGAAACUGCGGCCAAGGCGACGGGAGGCGAUGGCCGGUCUUCAGAGGACAAGGGUGAAGAUUUGCAGCAGAGUGCGACCUCAUUGGCCACUAAGAGAUGCGGAAUGGGGAACUUCAUGGACUUAAAACCACCUGUAAUUAACGCUGAAAUGGAGAUCUCUGGACCGACUUUCAAUAGCGGGGCACAUGGAGAAGUUGAUGCUGAGUAUGGUUUUAAGCUUCGAGGAGGGCAAAUUCCUAGUGGAAACGAUGGAAUUCUCUUCUCGGAUGGCAUUGUGCAGUCGGAUGGGGGAAACAACAGGUUCAUGGCUGCAGCCACGGCUGCUUAUAACGUGUCCAAUUUCGGACAAUUUGGGGGUGGGUCCGGGGUUUCUCUGACUCUUGGCUUGCAGCAUUGCGACGGUGGGACCUUACCCAUCUCCAACUCAAUGAAUCACGGUAUCGCAUCCAUGAGAGGAGAUGGCUUCUUCAAUGCAGCGGCCUCUUCUGUGGGGGCAGGGACGAUGGCAUUCGAGGGCUCAAGUCCAGGGGACCAGCAGCACCGGCUCGCUUCAAACCAACUGUUCCACGAUUUUGUCGCGUAAAAACAGAAGGGGUUAGUGCUGAUCGAUGCAAGUCCACGUCGAUUGGAACUCAAGAUCCUCAUUUAAUAGAUAAAAAUGAGAACAGGCCGUGCUCGCCGACUGCCCCUUACUGCUCUAUCAGAGCAGGCCUGAAGGUGAUAAAUAGACACUGUAGGGGGAAGGUGUAAAACACAGUUGUAUAUGGAGAUAUUGUUUGGUGGAGUUAGCUUAUUUGUAAAGAUGUAUAUCUGAUACUUGCGUUAACCCAUGUGGAAGAAGAAAAAUAUAUACAGGUACGAAUAUCUAUUUUUGUGUGGAAGAAAAAUGGGUAUAGUGGAAUGAAAUGGAGGUUGGUA